AUGACGAGACCGCGUGGCUCGUCGGGAGCUAGCGAGGAGAGUGCCGCGGGGCUGGCCGAACAGAAUGAGUGGCGGGUCCUAUCUUCGCAAACCAUCGGUGUCGAAUUCUCGAGCAAGAUCAUCAAGGUUGGCACUGGCGCGAGACGGAAACGCAUAAAGCUCCAGCUCAGCCUCCUUCUUGCUGGCAACAAGCUUGACCUCGCAUCAGAAGCCCUAGUAGACACGAGCGUGCCGCCUCUGACCCCGAGCAGCGUUAGUUCGACAGCGACGUCCAACGGCCUCCGCCCCUUCCAGUACCAUACGGGAGGCCAGCCAGGCUCCCUCGCCACAUCUUACGGCACCGCCCAUUCGCACCGCACGAGUAUGCCGCCCGAGGUUAGCCGCGAGGUCUCGACUUCCGAGGCCACGCGGUGGGCGAGCAGUAUCGGAAUCCCCGUCACCAUGGAGACAAGCGCUUUCACGGGAGACAACGUCGACGAGAUAUUCGGCCGGCUAGCACGCAUGAUCCUCACAAAGAUCGAGCUCGGCGAGAUCGACCCCGACGACCCCAUGAGCGGCAUCCAGUACGGUGAUAACUACGGCGGCGGCUGGAACGCCGGCGCCAGUGACGGAGCGAGCAUCAAGAGUUCCAUGACGGGCGGGACCAUUGACGACAUUGGCGCUGGCGCCAGGAGGAGGCGUCCCCGUGGGAGGACGGCAGGAAGAAAUAGAGGCGGGAACUGGGCCGGGCUGAGAGAGUGGGAGGAGGUGUUCACGAUAGGGAACCGGCGGCGAGGUGGAAAUUGCUGCUAA